GUCAUCAUCGGUAGUCGUUGGUCGUAGUUUGUUAGUCCGUAAUUGUUGUUGUUGUUUGAUUUGAUUCGAGGGUAAAAAAGGGUUGAAAUAUUGUCCAUUGUGAACUAAACAAAAUCGUACCAUUAAUGAACCAGAGAAGAAGUAGAAAAAAAUGGAUGAUGUUUCAUCAUUAAAUAGUGAUCGUUCAAAACGAUUAUCAGUUAUAUCGAAACGUACAAAUAAAUCGGAUACAUCAUCAUUAUCAUUAUCAAAUUCACAGAUUUUAAAACCUGAAAACAUACCAAUCGAUUUACUUCUGCAAGAAGCCUGUAUGAAAAAUGAUAUUACAGCAGUCAAACAUUUAAUUACAUUGGAUAUUGAUUUGAAUAAAAAAUCACAACUUGGUCGGUCACCAAUUCAUUGGGCUAUUAUUAAUAAUAAUACUGAAAUUGUUGAAUUAUUAGUCAAUGCAAAAUGUGAUAUUGAAGCAUCGGAUAAGUUUGAAAUGAAACCAAUUUUGAUGGCAGCAAUGGUCGGUAAUCUAGAGAUGGUUAAAAUUUUAAUCGAAGCUGGCUGUAAUUGUCGUGUAGUGAACAAGAAACAACAAACCGUUUUACAUUGUGCUGUUAAACAUGAUCAAAAUGAAAUAUUAGCAUUUUUACUUGAUAAUGUUAAUGUUGAUAUUGAUAUUAAUUCAGUGAAUGAGUCAUGGCAAACUAGCCUAAUGAUGGCCUGUAUCAAUAAUAAUCUGGAAAUUGUUGAAAAAUUAAUUGCAGCAGGUGCCGAUGUCAACAUGAAAGAUAAGCAAGGUAGAACUGUUGCACAUUGGGCAAGUUUUAAAGGUUAUCAUCAAAUAUUGGAUCGUGUUUUGAAAGCCGGUGUUAAAGCUGAUGAAAGAGAUCAAGAUGGUAAAACUGCAUUACAUUUAUCUGCUGAAUAUGGUUUUGAAAAAACAUUAAAAACAUUAAUCGAACAUAAUUGUGAUAUUUUCAUAACUGAUACGAAAGGACGAACUGCAUUAAUGAUUGCAGCUGCAUUAGGCUAUCUAGAUGUUGUAACCAUAUUAAUUGAACAUGGUGCUAAUCCAAAUUGUAAAGAUAAAAAUGGUAAUACAGCAUUACAUUUAUGUGUUAUGGGUAAUCAUUCACGUGUUGCACAAUUUCUUAUACGUAAUAAAGCUGAAAUUAAUGCUUAUAACAAUCGAAAACAAACACCAUUGGUGAUUGCAGCCGAGCUUGGCCAUACUGAAGUAGCCGAAGUAUUAAUUAAUCAUAAAGCAGAUUUGUUUGCUACCGAAAAGAGCGGUCGAACAGCACUUUAUAUUGCAUCACGUGGUAGUUUUCAAGCAUUAGUCGAUAUGCUUAUCAAAGCAGAACGUGAACAAUUUUUUAAAUUAGAUUCAAAUAAUCAGAAUCAAAAUCAAUCAACAUUGAUUGAACAAACAUCAUAUGAAUUGCCAACUGAAUAUGAAAAUCAAGAAAGUAUACGAUUAGGACAUAUACGUAAAAUGUUAUAUCAUUUAUCCCGACAUUAUCUUGAUACAAAUGAUUGGAAAAAAUUAGCACGAUUUUGGAAUUUCACUGAAGAACAAAUCAAAGCAAUUGAACAUCAAUAUUCAGGGAAAACUAGUUAUAAAGAUCAUGCAUAUCGUAUGUUAUUAAUAUGGUUACAUGGAUUAUCAUCAAAUAAAGAUCCAAUGAAUGAAUUAUAUGAUGCAUUAAUCUAUAUUAAUAAAAGUGAUGUAGCCGAAAAAAUCCGAAAAAAAGCUAAUGAAGAUAAUUUUUAUCAUUAUAGCCGUUAUAAAUGUCGUUGUCUGCCUGGUAUACCAUCAACUGUUUGUCAUUAUUGUUUAAUUACGUGAUUUUUUUGUGCAAAAAAAUUUUUUCCUUGUCGUUAUUCAUUUUUCUGUGCACUGUUGAAUUGUUUUCCAGAAUAUUCUCACACACUUUGUCCCGAAUGAUUUGAUAAAAAGUUUUUUUUCUUGUUUUUCCAAUCAACAUU